CUCUAUAUAUAUAGAGAGAGAGAUGAGAAUCACAGGUUAUGGAGGGUUUCAAUAAGGGUUUGCUAGUGAUGGACGGUGGAGGCGCCAUUUCUGGUGAUUUCAGAACCUUUUGUGGGAUUUAAGGUCUGGAACUCCUAGCCCUGGAGGGCACCCUACAAUGCCCCACCUCAAACCUUCUUUGAGGACUUCAUCCCCUCCUCCAAGGAAAUCGCUUGUAGAUCCACCAGCAGGAUCUACACCCAUAGGUCUUAAAUGGGUUUACAAGACCAAAUUUAAUGAAAAUGGUCAUGUAGAAAAAUAUAAAGCCAAAUUGGUAGUUAAAGGUUAUGCUCAAAAGUAUGGAAAAGAUUAUACAGAGGUAUUUGCACUUGUAGUUAGACUCGAUACCGUGAGAAUUUUGAUAGCAUUGGCUGCACAAAAUGCAUGGGAAGUAUUUCAGCUUGAUGUAAAAAGUGCGUUCUUGUAUGGUGAUCUUAAAGAAGAGGUAUAUGUUCAACAACCAACAGGUUUCAUUCAAAAGGGUUGAGAAACUCAAGUUUACCGGUUGUAGAAAGCUUUAUAUGGACUUAAGCAGGCCCCACGAGCUUGGUAUAGCAAAAUUGAAGCCUACUUUGCCAAAGAAAAGUUUAAUCGAUGUUCCAGUGAACACACAUUGUUCACCAAACAGGUAUUUUCUCGGAAUAGAAGUCAUACAAAGCAAGGUAGGAAUUUUCAUUUGUCAAAGAAGAUAUGCACGGGAGAUAUUGGCUCGAUUCAACAUGACAAAAAGCAAUCCAGUAAGAAAUCCUAUUGUACCAAGAACAACAUUGUCUAGAGAUGAGGAAGGAGUCCCAAUAGAUGCCACAAAGUUUAAGCAAGCAAUUAGUAGUCUUAUGUAUCUCACAGUCACUCGACCUGAUUUGAUGUAUGGGGUAAGUUUAAUAAGCAGGUACAUGGCAAAUCCAAAGGAAUCACAUUGGGCAGCGAUCAAACGGAUCUUGAGAUAUCUUAAAAGCACAAUUGAGUAUGGAAUCUUUUAUCAACAGAGUGGAAGAACUGGUCUUGUUGCCUAUAGUGACAGUAAUUAUGCAGGUGACUUAGAUGAUUGAAAAAGUACUUCUGGUUCAGUUUUUUUAAUGGGUACGGGAGCUGUCUCUUGGGCAUCGAAGAAACAACCUGUGGUGAGCUUAUCUACAACUGAAGCUGAGUAUAUUGCAGCGGCAUUUUGUGCAUGUCAAUGUAUUUGGCUUUGCAGAAUUUUAGAACAUCUCGGUUCAAAAGAAGAAGGUGCAAUAGAAAUUCUAUGUGAUAACAGCUCUACUAUUCAAUUAUCCAAAAAUCCCGUCUUUCAUGGAAGAAGUAAACACAUUGCAAUAAGAUUUCAUUUUCUUAGAGAUUUGGUUAAAGAUCAAGUUGUUUGUCUUAGUUAUUGUUGCUCUGAAGAACAAUUGGCUGAUAUAAUGACCAAAGCAUUGAAGCUUGAACAAUUUGAAAGUCUACGUCUAAUGCUUGGAGUUGUGGACAUAAGAGAAAUAAGCUAAGUGUGACAACAUAUAGCUUAAGGGAGGGAAUGUUGGUUAUUUUUUAAUUGUUAAUGUUUUAAAAUAAAUCUCGUAUUUAUUAGGGAGAAUAAGUCAUUUGUCAGUUGGCAUAUUUUAUUCCUAGAUAGGUGCUGUUUUUAAAUUUCAGUAUCUGCCCAUUAUGCAGAGCAGUUAUGAUGUACUGUUUUUUUUGGCUUUUAUAAGCCAGACUUGAUUACUCAAUAAAGUAUACACUUAGACAA